UACUUCCGGUGAUGUGACCUUUGUUUACUGCCUGUCUCGUCAGGUCCAAAAUAGGCUGCAGCCUCCGGAAUCCCAAAAAACUAAGCUGCAUUUUAAUCGCAAACCUACAGGCUAUUUUUGUUUGCAGCGUUUGUUGCAAAUAUUCCCAUGAUGUCUCCCGGAGACAGCUGUCAACACUCGGGUUCCGAAGAGGAUUUUCCACUAGAGAGGCGACAACAAGUGAGCUAGCUGAGCUCACUCGUCGCCGUCAAGGGGUUCAGGUGGAAACGGAGCACAUUUACGUGGCGAAGAGCCUUUUUCUCUGGUAAUUUAGACACCAGUCUGCAUCGAAUAAGCUACAGUGCAGUCAUAACUUAUAAAAAAUGGCCUGCAGUUUCCUCACGACGGAUGAUUCUUCUCCUGCGCCUCUCAUAGACUUGUGCUUGACCUAUGUCAGUCAACACCUGGAAAGUUUCUGUGUCAAGCGUCCUGAUGGGUCUGCAUGCUUAAGGGAGGAGGUUCUCUUCCCGCAGGAACUGGCUGACCAGCUGCUGGCCAAGAUGGCUACGGAAGGUCUGUUGAAUGACAGCAGCGUCGGUGUGUUUCGGAACUGUGAAUACCUGCGGCUGAGACGAGCAUGCAUCCGUACGGCCCGCAUUUCUGCAGAGGCUUUUCAGAAAGCCUUAUGUUCUCAUAGGUUGCUGGAACUGGAUGCAGCCAGGGUCAACGCAGACCUCACUAUUCCUGACAUCCUUCAAGGAUUGGCCACAAAUAAAUACUGUCAGGAAUCCUUGCAGCGGCUUGUGUUGACUGGUCUCACAAUGUCCUCACUUGAAGAACCGAUCCGUCACAGCUUCAGCUCCUUGCAGGGUCUGCGCUCGCUCUCCCUGGCCAAUGUUGACUUCUACGACUGUGGGCUGGUCGAUUUGUGUUCACUCCCUCGGCUGGAGAGCCUCGAUCUCUCCAACACCUCCGUCACAAACCUGAGUCCUCUGUUGGGCCUCAAGGAAAGGCUGCGCUCACUCACGUUACACCAGAUGAAGAGACUGGAGAUGAGCACUGCUCAGUUGUUGGCAGUCAUUGGCCAGUUGAAUGUUUUGCAGCAUCUGGACAUCAGCGAUGAUAAACAGUUCACAUCGGAUAUUGCUCGUCAACUGCUUGGGCAGCCGGGAAUUCUACCUGCUCUUGUCUCCCUGGAUGUAUCGGGAAGGAAACAGGUGACUGAUGCUGCUGUCAAAGCCUUUGUGGAGGAAAGACCGGGGAUGACAUUUGUUGGACUUCUGGCAACAGAUGCUGGAUUCUCAGACUUCUUGUCAGGGGAAGGAAACCUGAAAGUAACAGGAGAAGCUAACGAAAAGCAGAUUUGUGAGGCUCUACUGCGCUACAGUGAAAGAGAAGGUUUUGUGAGGGAAGCUCUGUUUCAUCUCUUCAGCCUCACACAUGUCAUGGAGAAACCUCGACCUGAUAUUCUCAAGUUGGUAGUUUUAGCCAUGAAGAACCAUCCAGCCACUUUGAACGUCCAGCUGGCUGCCAGUGCUUGUGUGUUCAACCUGACCAAGCAGGACUUGGCUUUAAUGAUGCCAGUGAGACUGUUGAGCACCGUGACUCAGCUUCUUCUGGAGGCCAUGAGAACGUUCCCCAACCAUCAGCAGCUCCAGAAGAAUUGUUUAUUGUCUCUGUGCAGUGAUCGGAUUUUACAGGGAAUUCCUUUCAACAGGUUUGAAGCUGCCAAACUUGUGAUGCAAUGGCUUUGCAACCAUGAAGACCAAAACAUGCAGAGGAUGGCCGUGGCGAUCAUUUCCAUACUGGCAGCUAAGCUCUCUACGGAGCAAACAGCUCAGCUGGGAGCGGAGUUGUUCAUAGUGAAGCAACUGCUUCACAUUGUGAGACAGAAGGCCACACAGGGUGUGGUGGACGCCACCCUAAAAUUUACACUCAGCGCACUAUGGAAUCUCACGGACGAAUCACCAACAACCUGCCGCCAUUUUAUUGAGAACCAGGGUUUAGAUUUGUUCAUUAAAGUCUUGGAGUCCUUCCCCAAUGAGUCCUCCAUACAGCAGAAAGUUCUGGGUCUACUGAACAACAUAGCGGAGGUGGGAGAACUGCAUGGGGAGUUAAUGGUUCAAAGCUUCCUGGACCACAUCAGCAGUCUGCUGCACAGUCCAGAGGUGGAGGUCAGCUACUUUGCUGCUGGUAUCCUCGCACACUUGACGUCACGAGGAGAGCAGGCCUGGACGCUGAGCGCUGACCUUCGCUCAUCGCUGCUGGAACAACUGCAUGAUGUCAUCAUGAAGUGGCCUGCACCAGAGUUUGAAAUGGUUGCCUACAGGUCUUUUAAUCCCUUCUUCCCCUUGCUGGAAUGUUUCCACACCCCUGGUGUCCAGCUGUGGGCGGCGUGGGCCAUGCAGCAUGUUUGCAGCAAGAAUGCCUCCCGCUACUGCAGCAUGUUGUUGGAGGAAGGUGGGCUGCAGCAGCUGGAGUGCGUCCACACAAACCCUCAAACCCACCGAGAUGUCAAACUGUUGGCAGAGAGCAUUCUGGACAGCCUACAGCGCCACAGAGUGCGCACCGGUCAGCCUGCACAAGCACCUGCGGUCCGUCGCCCACCGCCUCAGUGAACCCUCAGAAUAAGGCGCUGCCUCCACAAAAAGAGGGAUAUACAGCGUAACAGCAGAGGAGUUGUGCGAAUGCAUAUCACAGGCACGGACACACUUUAUCAUAAAGCUAAGGACAUUAAACAAAGAGAAGCCUUUGCACAUACACCUAUUUAUAUACUUUCUUGAUUGCAAAACAAAGAUGAAUUCUGUGUACUAAUCUUGUCAGAAGCUCAAAAGGUAGUAACCUUUGAAUAUAGAAGAGUUGAGUGUCAAGUGUUCUGACAAUGCACCAAUGCCAGCUACGUUCUAGAGUGAUGCUUCUGGUUAAUAGAAAGUGGCUGACCUUAGAGGUCAAACCUUGUUGGUUUCAGCUCAUUCAAUGAAUGCAUGAUGAUGAGGUGAGCUCAAGCAUGCUGGUGUUAGUCCGAAUGCCUGAUUAUCUGCCCAACUGUCCCCGUCCUGUUUUUUUUUUUUUUUUUUUUUGUUUUUAAAAGCACUUUCCUCCACAUCUGGCUCUCGGCUUGAUGAGUUUGUUCCGAGUUUCAAAGCAGCAAUACCACUUGCACUAUGAAAUAUUAAGAUCCAGAUGUAGGUGUCAUCUUCUGUCUAGUGGAAAUGGCACAGAUGGUUUGUUUUGGUUUUUUUUUCCUUUUUUUUCACUGAGAAAAGAGUGUAAAUAUGUUAAAAAUAUGAGCUUUCCAGUACCUAACUUCACUAUGAGAACGUGUGUAUGUACCUCUGUACAACAGUUUGUCAUUUGUACAUAGUAAUAUGGUUUGUUAUGGAGUAAUGGUUUGUCUCGGGCCGUUUCAAACUGGUGGCAUGGUUAAUGUAUUUUUACUGUGAUGGUUCAAGGUUUCUGGCCAAUAACUAAGUGUGGCGGUACGUCAUGGGGUGUAUAAUUGAUUUUUUUUAAAGCAACUUGCUAAAUAUCAUGAUUCAAAUAACGGUUCCUGGUAAAAUAUCACUUUGGAAGUUAAAAAAGAAGAUGCUCCUUGAUCAUGCAUAUGCAAUGAUGCCAGUUGAUUUCAUCAUAAUAUUGUCUGACACAUACUCAAGUUGAUAAAUUGUCACAGGUAUUCCUGACACAGGAGUUUUUUUUAUGGGAAGCGUCUGCUGUGUUCAUCCAGAUUGUUUACUUGAAACCGGCCAGUGUUUGACAAUUUGAAUGAGAAAACAAGAAAUGUACUAGUGGUGCGUGUGUUAUUUGGCUGCUGAUGAAUCCUGUUUUUAUGGUUGGAAAAAUAAAGAAUGUAUA